AUCAAAAGAUCCCCAGCUCGACCUCCAUCCUUCUGUCCCACGCCUCUCCUUCACGCCAUGGAAACCGGUUUGCUUAGACGGCCUGUCAUUGACCUCCUGUCAGGCAGAUCCCAAUGUCUAUUUGCCCUCAACACCGCCGCUCGACGGCAUGAAUCCUCCUACCGCCGCACGAAGCACCGUCUGAAUGUCAAGCCAGACUCGUCCUUCCUCCUCUCCAACAACAGUCCUCAACAAGACCACAUCGUCUUCAAUCCUCCUUCAUCAGCUCCGUCCGUCCAACACACCCCCCUCAUAUUCCUUCCCAAGGAGGACAAGCGGAGACAGCUCUUCGCAGCCACAGCCGCACGAACACCUGCUCCGACACGACUACCACCAGUGAUCCAGAAGUUCAAACCGGUCGGUGUAAGACAUCACUUGACAGAAAAAGAUAUAGAGGAGAUUCGAAAAUUAAGGAGUUCCGACCCUUUCCAGUGGUCGGCAGCGAAACUGGCUAGGAAGUUCAACUGUUCGAUGUUCUUCGUGAAGAUGUGCUGUGAAGCACCGGAGGAGAAGAAGGAGCUCGAAAGGCAGAAGCUCGAGGCACUUAGGGCGAGAUGGGGUCCAAAGAGAAGGAGGGCACGGGAGGAUAUGCUCAAGAGAAAGGAGCUUGCUCUCAGGGAUGAGUAGGACGCAUGCAUUGGUGCUGAUAUUUAUGACGAACGGUCACACGGGAGCAAGAAAGUCGGACUUGGUGAUCUGGUAUGCGCAGAGGGAGGGAUUGUCAGGAUUCAUCGGAGCCGUUGUACAAUAAGGAGCGCCAAGGCCGAGGCGACGCGUCUUUCAUUUGUGUAAAACAGACGGUGGGAUAUGUUCCCGGGGGGCGUUUACAGAUCACUGUAGGAAUAUGUACAAAAGCUUCUUGGAUAAGCUCUCCAUUUCUAAUACAACAUCUUGCCCUCAAUAUCCCCA